AAUGGCAAAAGGAGAACAUAAGAAGUUUAAGAAAUCGUUAAUCCGGCAAUCUCAUACAUGGAAAAUGAUCUCAACCUCAACGCUAAUCCUGCAUACAAUCAUGAUUAUUGUGUCUAGUGUCAUGGAUAUCGUCUUUGGACUUGGCCUCGUACUUUAUCCUAUCCUUGCGGUUAAUGCUAUGGCUUUAAUAGUAGAAAUUUUCGGCUAUUAUUCUUUAUGCCUCAGACAUAAGACAGGCAUGCUCUUCUACACACUUUGUGCAAUUGGAUUUGCUAUUAUAAUGAUAUGCAUCGAGAUUACAUAUGAGAUGAGAAAUUAUGUAUUUGGACAGAAUAGUGACAAGUGAGUCGGACCAGGUGAGCCAUGUCAAAAUAUGGAACCUACUGUGACAGCAAGAGAAUUCUCCUUGUUCUUAGCUUCUAAAUAUACGAGGAUUAUUACCUCAAUUAUCAGUCUCUGAGCUGGAGGUUCAGUGUACCUCUAUAGGCAAGCUAUUGUCAAACAAGCUCUUGGAAAUUAUGCUGGAAACUUGGAUAAAAUUAAAGAGAUCCAGUUUAAAGAUGAAGAAGUUGAUAAAUUUAUUAACAAAAAAUAA